AAUUCAAAAUCACAAUGGAAGGGAAAAAAAUGUAAAUGAAAUUGUUUGUGGAAGGGUAAAAAUGUCAUGUAGUCUCCAUUGUCGUUCGAAUACUUUAAAGACUCUGUUCUUCGACUCCUUCAGAUCUGAACCAUCCUCCCAAAUCUGCCUCUCUCUCUCUGGAAAUUCUUUUCCGAUUUUGCUGGUUGCUAUUAUCAGUUGUGGAUGUGUUACCUUUAGGUAUUUGGAGAAUAAUAUGCUUUGGUUGAGCCUAUCAAUUGAUGUACUUCGUAAAGUAGUGCAUUUGAACCUCUAUUGCAGGGUUAUUUUGUAAAUCACUUUUUGCAUAGAUAACACUGAAUUAUUCCUCACUGAGCUCCUUCUUUCAAUCAGCCAUGGGUUCCAAUCACUUCUUUAUUAUUUCCUGUGAUAUCUACAUUAGCUGAAAAGCUUCCUGUUAAAUAGUUCUUUCUGCAGUGAGUAUUCUCCUAUUAUCUCCCUCUUUCUCUGUUGUUGGUAUUUCUCUUGUGCCUUCUGGGGUAGAAGGAUAGUUGUUCGUUUAAGGUUCAGAAGUAGUUAUGGUGUGCCAAGCUGCAACCCAGACAAGAUUUCGGGCAUUGAAACACGAGAAUGGAAUUGCAGGAAAACCAACAAUUAUAGUUAGAGUGAUCGCAUGCUUUCAACCUUUGCAGAGUUGUCAGGCUGAGUAUUUUCGGCAAUUGCUUAAGCCAGUCACGUAGAUUGAAUAGGAUCUAUUUCUCUUAAGCUGGACUCCGUAAACUUCUUUUUGUCUUUGUUCCUGAAAGUAUUCAGUAGAUAAUUCCCACCAUAGUAGACCAUUCCACAAAAUUUUGAGGUGGUUGUUUUUCUGAAUGGUUGGGACUGAUACUUGGCAACUGCACAAUUAUAAUUCCAUGAAUGCAUCAAUAGAGAUCAAGCAACAGGAAAGCUGCCAAACGAAUAUCAACCAUGAAAGUUGCAUGUUUUCCAAAUGUAUGGGAGGGAUGCAACGGUUUGCAAUUCCACCAUUACCCAGUUUUGAAGUGGAACAGCUAAAUGUUGUUCAGGGAUCACGUCAUUGCUUAUCCCCUCAUUUCCAAAACUCACUUGUUACUUUCAUAUCUUAUCAGAAAGAAAAGGAAUCUAUGUAUUAUGCUCAUGCUGGACCUAGUGGGAUGCCUGUGUCAAAAUCAACUAAUGGGUCCUAUCCAAAAGGAUUUCUUAUCUUUGAUCAAUCUGGAAACCAGAAGAGAUUGAUGUAUGAUCCUAUGUGUCUUGUUUCUUUGUCCUCAAUUGUUUCUGAAAACAAGCGUUGUGGUUGGCUUGCAGAAAAAGGGGCAGUUAGAGACAUUAAUUCGGUCAAGUAUUCUCCAAAUACUCUGUCCAAUGAGAAUUAUGUAGCUGAUGAAGAGAGCAGUGAAAUGCAUGAAAACACCGAAGAAAUAGAUGCAUUACUUUAUUCAGACUACGAUGGCACUGGUUGUAGUAGUGAUGAUGAAGUGACCAGCACAGGACAUUCUCCAGAGAUGAUCAAUGAGCAUUGUGAAAAGGAAGAACAAUGUCAAGAAACUACUACAGAAGUUGCUAGUUCUGAAGUCCCAAGAAAAAAGCAGAGAGUGCAUGAUGGGGGGUACAUAAAAUCACUACCAAUUGCUGCGGUUUCUUGUGCAAGAGUUGAAUCACAGAACUAUGCCAAUGAUGCAGAAUCAAGCUGUGGCAUGGUCCAUAAGGAAGAGGCUGGAACAGAUAUUGAUUUUUGUCAUUCUUCUUGCAAAAAAGAUAGGAUCAAGGAGACGUUGAGAGUACUCGAGAGUUUAGUUCCUGGUGCAAAGGGCAAGGACCCAUUAUUGGUUAUUGACGAAGCUAUCGAUUACUUGAAGUCCUUAAAACACGAAGCUACUGCUUUAGGGACUAAAGAUCAGCAGAGGAAAGCCACAAAGAUUUGAACGCGUGGGAUGUGAUAGUGGUGGGUUAUGCUGAGAAAUUAAAGACCCCACUUUUUCCAGCAAUUUGAAGAAUCCCUCAAGGAUUUGGCGCAUGGGCGUUAGGUAACCAAGGUCCCACUUUCCACAUUCUUUUUCUUUUUCUUUUUCUUUUUCUCUUUCUGUAUCAUGCUAUGCCCUUACCCCCUUAUUUUAGAGGUUAUGCUAUAAGAGUAGAGCUUCUCCCUUAUGGUAUUAGGUAGAUGUUGCACGAUGAAACUUUUGUGGGGAGUCUUGAUUAUGAGAGGAGUAUGAAACUUUUGACUGAGCUCAGCUUUGGAGAUGGAUUUCACUUUUUGCUACUAGGUUUUGUGUGGAUGUAAUAAUUGAGUUGUGAAUGCUUUUCUUUGGUCUUAUUUAUUUAUUUUUAUUUUUUAUGUUA